AGGGCUGAAACACUUCACUGUAGCAGCUGAGGACAAGGUGGCUGCAGGACACGCUGAGGGACAUGUUAUGAUGCCGGGGCUGAGCACGGGCCCCGAGCACAACCAUGACCAACAGCUCCAACUGCACAGAGACAGACCUGAAGCGCUACUACGCCGUCACCUACACGGUGAUCCUCAUCCCCGGCCUCAUAGCAAACACGCUGGCCCUGUGGGUCUUCUACGGGUACAUGAAGGAGACUAAAAGGGCCGUGAUAUUUAUGAUCAAUUUGGCCAUCGCCGAUUUACUGCAGGUUCUGUCCUUGCCCCUGAGGAUUUUCUAUUACCUGACGGGCACGUGGGAGUUCGGGGGAGGGCUCUGCCUGCUCUGCUUCUACCUGAAGUACGUCAAUAUGUACGCCAGCAUCUUCUUCCUGGUGUGCAUCAGCGUGAGGAGGUACCUGUUCCUCAUGCACCCCUUCAGGUUCAGCGACUGCAAGCGUGUCUGUGACAUCUACGUCAGCGUCGUGGGCUGGGUCGUGGUCUGCGUGGCCUGUCUGCCCUUCCCGCUCCUCAGGCUCCACAAGGAUAACAAAAACACCUGCUUUGUGGAUCUGCCCAUCAAGGAGCUCGACCUUCCCACCUCCAUUACGCUGAUGACAAUAGGGGAGCUGGUGGGGUUCGUGACACCCCUGCUCAUCAUCCUGUACUGCUCGUGGAAGACCAUCCUGUCACUGAAAGAGAAAAACUCUGCUUUGCACGACCUGGGGGAGAAGAAAAAGGCUUUGAAGAUGAUUCUCACCUGUGCCCUGGUGUUCCUGAUUUGCUUUGCACCUUAUCACAUCGGCUUCCCCCUGGACUUCUUUGUGAAGACCAAGCAGAUCAAGGGGGGGUGUGUGCAGAAGGUGAUCUCGGUGUUCCACGCCGUGGCUCUGUGCCUCGCCAGCCUCAACUCCUGCGUCGACCCCGUCAUCUACUACUUUACCACAGAUGAGUUCAGGAGACGCCUCUCCAGGCAGGAUUUGCACGACAGCAUCCAGCUCCACCACCUCAGCUACACCAGGAAACACUCCAGGGACGUGCUCAUGGAGGACACCACAGAAUAGACUCACUAGAUGUUGGGCCUUGGCCCCCUGUUCUCCCCACAACUCAGGCAAACUUCUGCUUUCACUGAGGGUUGGAGUAAACAAACAAACACCCCCCCAAAGCCCAAACCUG